AACUGAUAAGGCUUCUGGAAAUUGGAUUCGUGGAUUGUAUGGUCCAUUGGUGUCGUGUGUGUGUGAGUGGAGCUUUCGUGCAGUCUUUCUGGCAAUUAUUUCGGUUUCAACAAAACAUAAAAAUAUCUAAUCUUCAGACUUUAGAUAGAGAAACACAGAGCCGCAGAGGCACUAUUUGGGCGUUUUCUUGACUUUCUGAGAGCUUAAGGUUGAUGAAAGAUGGCCAGUUCUGAGGAAAAAGUGGUUCAAAUUCAGUCCGAGGGACAGGAUGAGUUGGUCUCUGUCGAGCUUUCUGCACCCCCUUCUUGGAAGAAACUGUACAUGCCGACUGAAGGAGGUAGGGUUGUAUUCGUUGCUCCUACGGGGGAGGAGAUCAAUAAUAAGAGACAGUUAAGCCAGUAUCUAAAAUCCCACCCUGGUAACCCUGCAUCGUCGGAGUUUGAUUGGGGUACUGGGGAGACUCCAAGAAGAUCAUCGAGGAUCAGCGAAAAGAGCAAGGCCAGGCCGUUGACUUCUGAGAUCGAGACACACAAGAAGCGGCGCAGGACGUCAUCUGGGAGGAAGAAGGACAGCAAGGAAGCCGAAGAAGCAGAGGGGGGCAAGGAGGAGAAAGAUAAAGAAGAAGCUGCAAAAGAAACCGAGGGUGAGGAAAAGAAAGUGGUGGAAACUGCUAAAGAAGAGGAAAAGAAAGAGGUGGAAACUGCUAAAGAAGAGACGGAGGACAAGAAAGAAGGUGAAAUUCCAAAGGAAGAAUCCACCGAGCCUAAAGAUGAAGAUACCGGUAAAGAUGAUAAAGUCCUCGAUGACUCCAAGGAUGGAGCUGCUGAGGUUACGAACGCUGACAAGGCUGAAACAGAAUCAAAGAGCACUCAAUUAACGUCGAGCGUGGAGGGAACAGAUGAAAUUAAGGAAUCCCCGAAGUUGCAAGAAGAGGAGAUUGAAGAUAAUAAGAAAGGACCCGUAAUAGAAAAUGGCGUAGGUAGCCAGGCCGGGUUCACAAACACGCCAAAUAAUCCCUCGCCCGCACCUAUUAGCUGCUGAACAUGUUACUUUCGUUCGUGUUCAGGUAUCCGUGUCUUCUUCUGCUGCAAAACUUGGUGUAUUAUUCAACAUUUUAGAUGACUGUAAUGUCUGUAUGUGGUAGAUUUAGUUUUCAGGACUUAUUCUACAGAUGCUUCUGUGAUGACUUUGCAGUAAUUAGAUUGUGAUCUGCUAACCUGUUAUUGACAUUUAUUUCCUUUUGUACUGUAGAAUUUGAUUUGUAUUUGUGGUUGUACUAUAUGGAUGUAAUAAGUGUAACCAACUCCUCUUUUGCUAGUUUAAUUUCCACUGGCUUAUAUUUUUUG